AUUGUCUAGAGUUUGGUAGUUUGAAGCAUACUUUGCAAUGCCAAUGCUACAUAGGCCGAUUCUUCGAAAGAUAUUAAUUGAAUAGAUAUACGGUUUUUACUCCAUUUUUUUAGGAGUUUGCGAGAAAGCUUGUAUAUUCAACGAGGACAAUAUAUUUGGAUUAUAUGCAUGGGACCUCACUAUUCCGGGCCUAAACUAUAGCAACAAUUGGGAUCCAAUCACUGUUUUUGUUUCUGGUAUACUGUUGAGAAAAUGUGUUAAGAACAGAUAAGGAAUAUUACGAAGUAUUGGAAAUGAAUUUAUAACACUAUUCCGUUACAUCUUUGAAACUUAACCAUGAACUUUAGCAUCUCUUUUUUGCACUGAGCAAAAUGGCGGUCAAUUGCCCAAAACUCUGUGGAAGCUGUUUUGGAGGGGAAUGGAGAAAGCACUCACAGAAGAUCUUUCUCGUUGCCUACUUGGUCAUCGCAGUCGUUGCUCUUGCCCUGACCAUAUGGGAGACCGUUGUCACUUCAAUGAAUUCCGAUAAUCCAGUGAACUACCUUUGGUUUGUUGCCGGUAUAUCUGUACAACUUGCUACCGCCAUCUCGCUAUGGAAUAUCUUUAAUCACUUGGUUUAUUACACAAAGCCAAGCCAACAGAAAUAUAUAGUCAGAAUGUUAGGGAUUGUUCCUGCACAUAGUAUCAAUUGUUGGUUUUCGAUCAAGUUCGUUGAGUCCUCCAUCUACCUGGACACGAUACGUAACUUAUACCAGGCCCUUGUCAUCUACUGCUUCAUGUCUCUGCUAAUUGUUUACUUGAACGAAACUUUCGACGAUCUGGAGACGAUUCUGAGCAGCAAACCCAAAUUCAAACCCUCGCCACCUUGCUGCUGUGUGAAAGCAGUCCCAAACAAGAGAUUAAUUGGGAGGUGUCGAGCUGGUGUUCUCAACUACACCAUCAUACAUCCGAUCAUCACGAUCUUAACUAUAAUAACAACUGUUACAGGUCAUUACACAGAAGGCAGUUUCAUCGGCUUGUGGAUCUGGUUUGCAAUAGUAGAUGGAGUCUCUCAAGUCUGGGCGAUGUACUGUUUGAUGGUAUUCUAUCGGGCUACCAAGGAGGAACUGACGGGGCUGCAUCCCAUUAGUAAAAUGAUAACCGUCCAGCUAACCAUCUUCGGCGCCUUCUUCCAAUCGCUUAUCAUCGCCCUCAUCAUCGGCCUCAGCAACCCUGACCUUGACCCGGAGAACUGGGGCUACGAUGACCAACAGAACAUCCGCUUCUCCAGAUUCGUCCAGGAUUUCAUUCUGUGCAUCGAGAUGGGGCUAUCCGCGGUGGGCCACCUAUAUGCAUUUCCAUACACGGCAUACAAGGAGCAGGGCAAACCAGCAAACUUCUGCGAAUCCUGUAUCUCGUGUUGUUCUGUCACAGACAUCGCUCACGAUUUGUCCUCACACGUCAAGAGAAUAUCCUCUAAAAAGACGAACCUGGCCAAUCAAAUCGUGUACGAGCAACAUGACGACGACCAGCCUAUUGUCGAAAUGAAUGACAUGGCCAUCGUAAAACGAGACGAAAACAUCGACGAUGUCCAUCGGCCCUCGUCCAACACCCGAACGAUCGAUGGUCAGCCUACGGGAAACGGCACCGUGGUCAAGGAAAACGUGGUUGACGCGGGAGCUGAUAAUAAGGUUUUUGAUGAGAUGGUAACCGGUGAUGUCUCAAACGGCACGGAGACGAGAAGCGUUCUUCAUGACAGCAGGUCGUACUUGGCUAAUGAUAACGGCCUUAUUGGUAACGACGAUGACCUCGGUGGUCAGAACGAAACGGUGAAUGCCUCGGAAGUGCAUGGAGAUGGAGAUGGAGAUUUCGACUUGGGACUGCACUCAGAGACUGUUGCUGUUGGCAGUGAUCUUACAUUCAAUAUGGAGUUUGAUGCAUGAAAUAAGCAGAUCGAUUCGUGGGGAUAGCGAUGGACGAAACAUCCACGCCCUGUACAGUACUAACUUAUAUAUUCUGGGAUAAAAGAUCAUUAUUGUGCCGCCGUACCAGUUUCGGCCAUUGUGAUGGCCAGCAGGAUCGAGUUCCGCAGGAAACAUACUUUGUGGGAGAGCCUUAAAUAUUGCAGUAUGAUAUAACAGUUCUAAUAAUAUUGUAGGGGUGCUCCCCGUGUCGAAAUCGAACGGGGAAAAAAAGGAAACAUAGAGAAAGCAAAUUUGGUCGGAAGAUAUACGACACGGCCCCACGUCGCAUGCUAUGCUCUUUAGAUGAACAGGGGGUGGGGUCCACUUCUUUUGAGUCAUGUUCGGGCUCAUUUCGUUAGGAGUUCGGAUGAAAGAAAUAACGGAAUCCGACUUCUAGAAAAUGAGUUUUCACUCCGAGUAUACGGCAUUCGUAAGGUCGCUAUAAUAUAGAACUCUAUCCCCCUAUAAAGUCUCUUGUUCAGAAAAUUUUGCCGUAAAAAUUAAUAUAGGAAAAUGGAUAUCUAUAUUGAUUAUUUAGAAAGCGUUUUUCUAUUAUUCGGAAGUUGUAUAUAUAAGACCUUGUUGCAGAAACAAAAUGGCAUUAUUAUAAUUAUGUAUUAAAGAAGCUACAAAUUAACUCCCGGCCUUUUUGGUUCUAUGCAAAUAUUAUAGUUUUGUUAUCGUUUUUCCUAUUUCCUUAUUACAUAUUUUGAUGCGUAUCCUGAACAUCCAUCCCGCGGAUAACCAACCCCAGUCAACUACCCCCUAGGACAACUACCCACUAGGGCAACCUCCCUCUAGAACGACUAACCCCGGGACAACUACACCCGGACAACUACCACCGGACAACUACCCCCGAUGAUAGAUGUCCGGGGGUAGUUGUCCUAGAGGACGGUGCCCCAGGGGUAUUUUUCCUAGGGGGCAGUUGACUGGGGGUGGCUAUCCGGGGGUGGAU